CGCAUACGGAAGGCCCGGGGUUAGCGUGGCAAUCUGGUCGGACACAACAGUAAGACGUCGGGCACGCCCGCGCGCAGCACUCCUCUCCACGACCAGCCUCCUCCACUUACCAGCCACGCAGCAAGCACCCUAACCCACCUGCUAGCAGCCUAGCACUUAUUCGACUGUUUAACAAGGAUUCCCGAAGCAACGCAUCCAUCCCACCUUGGGUCACAUAAACCGCCGACGACAUGAGGGCGUCGCGGCCGCCACUGCUACUGCCGCUACUGCUGGCGGCGGCGCUGCUGCUGGCGGGACUGCUACAGCCGCGAGGGGCCGCCGCCUACCCGGACUACUGGGUUGCCACGCCGGCGGGGCAGCAGGACUGCGCCGCACAGCCCACACGCGCCGUGAUCGGCAGCCCCCACGGAACGCCCAUACAGGACAGCACCAUUACCAUCACGCUACGCCCGCUAGACGCCGGCAGCAGUGGCGACGAGGCACUGCAGCUGUGCCCGGGGCAGGCCUACACCGUGCAGGUAGGAUUCCCACAGAAGCGCCGCGCGCUCAUCUCCGCCACCUCCGGCGCCUUCUCCGGAGUGCCCUCAGGCGUACUGACCUCCCCAGACUGCCCCAACCGCCUCAUCAUUGGGCCCUCUCAGCCCUUCACCACCAACGCGGCAAUGCCACUGGGGCUCACGCCGGGAGCCACCCUCACGCUGCCCUGCGACCUCAGCGCCACCUCGGCCGCGGGUGGACAGCCGCCGGCGGCGCUGGUUCUGCGCGUGACCACGGCCUCCCCCAUCUCCACUCGCUGGCGGGCGGCCUCCCGCAGCUACAGCCUCAGCAGCAACUGCCCCGUGGCGCCGCAGUGCGGCGGCGCCUCUGGCAGUAGCAGCACGGGCCUGGGCGGCAGUGGCAGUAGCAGCACGGGCCUGGGCGGCAGUAGCAGCAACACUACCGAAACCGGUACAAGCACCGGCGGUGGCAGCGGCAGCGGCAGCGGUAGCGCCACUACAGAUGGCACUGGCAGUAGCAGCACCGACAACAGCGGAAGCAGCGCCGACAGCUCGACUCCAGGUCCCGGCGGCAGCAGCGCGGAUGACAGCGCCGAUACCGGGACUAGCUCUUUGGUGCCGCUUGCGACUCCGUCUGCUUCUUCCGGACCCGCUGUUGUUGCGGCUGCGGGUCCGUCCGACCCCGCUGGGGCCUCUCCGGUGCCGUCACCACCGCCUACCACCGCGUCACCACCGCCGGCCACCCCCACCUCCACCUCCACCUCCACCGCUGCUACGCCACCUUCACCGCCGCUGCAGUUCCGCGGGGAUGCCGCUGGCGCCAACGGCACCGCCACCACCACCAGCACAGACAGCAACACCAAUGGCACUGGCACCGGCAGUGGCAGCGGCAGCGGCACCGGCAUCACCCCAGCGGCCACUGCCGGCGCCGCCCCCAGCAGUAGCAGCACAGCUGCUUCCCCACCACCCACCACCAGCGAUGCCAACCCCCCUCCAUCAUCACCAUCACAGCAGGUGCCCCCUCCUACCGCCUCAGCGCCGCCACCGCCACCACUACCACCCUCCCCUUCUGCCUCUCCCUCUCCCUCUUCCUCUUCAGUUAGCACAUCUCCGUCUGCCGCGGCUGCCGCUGCCGCGUCCCCGCUGCCACCCGCCUACCCGCCGUCUCCGCCCCCACCGCGCCAGUCGUCGGCGCCAACGGUCCAGGCAGCCUCAGGUCGGCAGGACGAAGGGGAUUUCAGGGAGUCAAACCAGGACGCAAGCGGCGCCAGCAGCAGUGCCGCUGCCGCCGGUGUCGACCCAACAGCUACUGCCGGCAGCAGCAGUGGUGCAGGUGGCAGUAGCAGCCCAGUUGUGCCAGGCGGGGGGAGUCAGCAGGGCGGCAAGCAGGCGCCUGACGUCGGGAGCAGCAGCACUACUGGUGGGCCCGACACCAGCCCGCACAACCCUGUCAGUGUUGGAAAGCAGCUGCCGGUCGCAGGCGCUGCCGCCCCCGCCGCAGCCACCGCCGAGCCCUCACAGCAGGCGACUGUGCCCGCGGUUGCGCCGUCGGCGCCAGGUACUGCUGGGGCGGUUGGCGCUGCGGGCGGGGCCGCCGGCGUGAUCCGCGCUGCUGCCGGGCCACUUGUUGCGUUCUCCGUGACGUGUUUUGUGGCGCUGGCACUGGCACUAGGCAUAUGAGGCGGGAUAUUAUUAAAGUUGCACAGGUGGCCGGCGUGAUGCUCCUUUAAUGUUGGGGGAUUCUUGAGCAAGCCUCCCGAACCUUGAAGAAUUGAGGUAGAUGUGAUCAACAGUGCUAGUUUUGAGGGUAGCAGUCACACGAAGAGGGUAUGCAGAGCGACGAGAGGUGGGGGGAGGGGAAGACGCAGAAUCAGGCUUUGAGAGG